GGUUGCAAUCUUUCUCUGACGCCCAUGCGACGACACGCGCUGGUCGUCUGGCUCGUCGGCGCCGCCGCCGCCUUUGACGCGGACGAGUGGGCCGACUUCCCCGCCUACUGCGCCAAGCAUGUCGAGAAGAACAUCAUCGCGCCGCUACCCAGCGCCGACCGGUACGUCCUCGACCAAGUCCAGAUUGCGAUCCGCCAUGGCGCUCGGACGCUCGUGCAGCGAUCGACGUGCUGGAGCGGCUACAACGCCACGUGGAACUGCAAUGCGCGCAACCACAUUGAGCCGGCGCUUGGUCCGUCGACGCAUCGGAGCUUUGACGUGCAGUACACGCCCGGCGAGACCGUGCUCCGUGGCACGUGCCAAGUUGGCCAGCUCCUCGACGAAGGCUACCGACAAGAGACAACCAACGGCCAGCACUUCCACGACGCGUACAUCGCCUCAGGCCGCCUCUUCCCCAAGGACACGCCUGCCGACCUCGCCGACCCCACGAAUGUCUACCUGAGCAGCACGGACAUGCAACGAACCGUCAUGUCCGGACAGCUCGUCGUCGACGCCAUGUUCCCGAUGCCAGCCACCACGCCAGCAUUGGUUCCUUGGCACGUUGGCGACGUGAGUCAGUCAUCCUUCAUCCCCAAUCCCUUUGCGUGUCCCCGUCUCGGUGACAUCAAGGACGCAUUCGAGGCGAGCGACGGGUACCGCCUCUGGUUGCACAUGCACGACGAGCUCGUCGCGACGAUGCACGCGACGUUCCCCAACUACGAUCCGAAAGGGCUUUUCGACUGCAUGCUCACGGCGCGCUGCAGCCUCACGCGCCAUGACAUGCCAUUGCCGCUCACGCCGUCGCACUACAAGGACAUCAUCCGCUUCGAGCGGGACAAGCGAAUGAAGAUCUACACGGAAGACGACGAGUACGCCAAGCUGAGCAUGAGCAAGCUCCUCCGCAGCGUCCGCGCCAAGAUGCAAGCCAAAUCGCCCACGUUUGUCCUCUACUCGGGCCAUGACGAUACGGUCAUGCCGAUUCUGGCCGCGAUCGGAGGCGCCGACUGGCUCCGCGACUGGCCGCCGUACGCGGCGUUUGUCGCGUUUGAGGUCUACACUGAAGUAGCCACCACGACGCGCUUCGUGCGUGUAGUCUACCAAGGCCAGCCGCUCACGCUUCCCGGGUGUACUGCCGACGCGCUCUGCCCACUGAGUCUCUUUCUCGAGUGGACAUCGUUCGCCGAGACAGCCGACUGCACGCGGUCGACCCACCCAGCGCUCGAGACGCCCGAGCCUGUGCCCGCAAAGGAUGCCGGCGUCUCGAUCACGGACGCGUCGGGGUCGCACGUGAGCGUCGACACGUUCCUUGUCUGCGUCGUCGUCGGCGUGCUCUUGGGCUUUGUCUUUGGCCUGCUCGUCGCCAAGGUCGUGCGACAGACCGAGGCGAGCGAUAAGAAGACCGAGAAGCUGCAUUUGGACGCAGCGGCUGCAGACGACGACGAAACCGGCGGCCUCCUGCCAGCAGCCACUUCUGAACCGAGCAGCCCGACGGUCGCGAUGGCCAAGAAGAAAUGACGCCGGGUGGGCGACACCGACGUCCGAGGCCCUCCCGUGUAGAUCCACCAGCAGCAUCCAACAACACGCAUCAACAUGUGCACUGGAUUAGCGUAUUACACGUACACUUCGUUGCGG